GCGACCUCCGCGCUGCACGCACACGUGCUCUCUCGACACCACACACGACUCGCGAUGCCGAUGGCUACCAUUCACGCUUAUCAAAACCUCGAUCACAAACUGGCGCAACUCCAGGCACCGGCGCCUCGGAGGCUCGCUCCCGCUCCCGUUGAUCCUGCUCGCUGCAAAAAGAGAUCCUACCUCCAUCAGCCCUACCCGACCCAACCGGCUUCCGUGGCCAGGAGGAACGCCAGGGAGAGGAACAGAGUGAAACAGGUCAACAACGGGUUCGCUGCGCUUCGACAACACAUACCCUCAGCUGUUACGGCCGCCUUAGCUGGAGGUAGGGGCUCAUCAAGAAAACUUAGCAAAGUGGACACAUUGAGGCUGGCAGUGGAGUACAUCAAAAGUUUAAAACGACUGUUAGAAGAAAGUGAAGAAGGAUGUACAGAUGCACAAAUGGCCUUAGGCAUGAAUACAAGUGGACCCCACACACCUCCCCUAUCAGAAGAAUCUCAUUCACCGGCUCCUUCCCUCGUGUCGGAAAGUUCAGCAGGACCCAGUUCUCAUGACGCAUACGACUCGUACGAACCCAUGAGCCCGGAAGACGAAGAGCUUCUAGACGUCAUAUCGUGGUGGCAACAACAAUGAUCAAAGGAACCGUGGCUUACGGUGAUCAAAGUGCGGCCAUUCAGGCGCUUGUGAAAAAACAAGUAAUUCUUGGGAGGAUCUUGAGCGACGAGCGCGGUGGACUCCGAGAGAACCUCUAAUUAAGCGCAAUCAGUAUAUUCCUAAUGAGAGGGGAUAAUGGUGGACUAUAACGACCUCAUCGAUGCAUUCCGUCGACCGAACAUCGAACGAAAAGCCUUAAACUGCAUAUCAUACAUGGAUGAAAUAGCACAUCAAAGACUGAAACGAACUUUAGUUCCACAUAAGCAUUUAGUAACAACUUAAGUGAUUCCAGACAACGCUGUGCCUUAAUAAUAGCCUUGCGUAAUUAUUGUAACUUCCAGUUAGGUAUUAUUUAGUAUUAAAUAGUUUAUACUUGUUAUCUAGUCACUAGUUGUAAGAAUAUUUUAGAACGCUUCAAAUGAAAUUAAGACUUGUUUAUAUAGACUGUUACCUUACAUUUCGGUAAGAUAUUUGAAACAUCAGUGGUUUUAUUAAAGUAUAAUAACAUGAAUUCUUGAGACAAAGACUUCUAGUGUAAAUAAAUAGUUUUAGCACCAUAAGAAAGAUUCCUAAUAUCCUAAGAAUUUAUGAAUCAUUGUUUACAAUUAUGAAAAAACAAUUUUAGGAUCAACCAUGUGGUUAUUCCUGUAAAUAAACAUAAAAGAACAUUA